AUGCUGGGCCUCUUCUCUCUUUUCAUUUCGUUGGCUGCAGCUUACCCUGCUCGAGGGCCAUGCACGGGUAACUGUUGGGCCCAUGAUCCUUCAAUGAUCCAGCGCGAGUCGGAUGGCACGUACUUCCGCUUCUCUACAGGCACAGGUGUGAACAUUAUGUCCUCGCCGGCACUGAAAGGACCUUGGACAGAGUUGGGUGUAGCCUUGCCCGAUGGCUCUAACAUCGAUCUCGACGGCGCGAACAAGACCAAUAUCUGGGCCCCCGAUGUUCACUAUGCCGAUAACACCUAUUACAUGUACUAUGUUAUCUCCAAGAUUGGUACACAGACAUCUGAGAUCGGCGUGGCUACUUCCACCACUAUGGAGCCCGGUUCCUGGACUGAUCAUGGUGCCAUUGGUAUCCCCGCAAACUCCGAUUACAACCGCAUCGACCCCAACUGGAUCGAGAUCGAUGGCAAGCAGUACCUUCAAUUCGGUUCCUUCUGGCAAGACAUCUACCAGGUUGAGCUCACGAGCGCAUUGAAAGUCGGAUCUAGCACCCCUUACCAGCUGUCAUGGAACGCCUCCCUCAACCACCGUGAGGAGGGAUCUUUUCUGUACAAACACAACGACUAUUACUAUCUUUUCUUCAGCGCCGGUAUUGCGGGCUCAUACACCGCAACUACUCCCGCAGCGGGCGCCGAAUACAGUAUUCGUGUGUGCCGCUCUACCUAUGGAACGGGUGGAUUUGUGGAUAAGGACGGCACUGAGUGUACCAAGUCAGGCGGCACGAUGCUAUUGGCCAGCCACGACCAGGUCUACGGACCCGGUGGAGAGGGUGUUCUCACGGACAAAGACCUCGGACCUAUUCUGUACUACCACUAUUAUCCCCUCGCUGAGAAGGAGGCCGGUGGCGAUGGCAAUGCCGGUUAUCGCUACGGCUGGAACGAGUUGGGCUUUACGGACGGGUGGCCGGUUGUCAACGCGGCUUAA